GUAGAAAACAGAAGAUCCCCCUGUUAGAUCCCCUGGAGCUGUAGUUACAGGGAGCUGUAAGAUGCCUGACAUGGGAGCUGAGAACCACACUCAGGUCCCCUGAGCAAGUAGCAAGUACUCUGAACUGAUGAACCAUCUCUCCAGUACUUUGCCCCCCACUCACUAUGUAUGUAGCUCUGGCUAGCCUGGAACUCACUAUGUAAACAGUCUGGCCUCCAACUUGUGAUGACACCCCCCCCCCCACCUCUACCUUCCAAGCAUUAAGGUUAUAGUAAGGCAUAAGCCACCAAGCCAGGUACUGUUUUUCUCGGAUGACUCCAUAAGGAAGAGUGAAAACUGGAGAUUCCUAAAAGCCACACUGACUGUCAAUGGCAGGAUACCAGCUCUGGUCACCAUGGACCCCACUGGAUGAGAGCUUCCAAUGGCUGCGGCACACAACACCUACCCCUUGCUCCAAACACCCUUUUAGGGCCUCUCCUUGCUUCCCACACACCCCUUCUGACCUUGAGGUGCAGUUGUGCUUUCAAGAAGUCACUCUCGUCCUAGACAGCCCACUUGUGGCACCUGGAGAGAGCCCCAGGUUACCCCGUCACACCUCAGAGCUCCGAGCAGUGACUAACAAGAAAGGACUUGUGAGGAAGCCCCAGCCAGUCCGUCUCAAGGGAGUAGAUUCUGUUUUCGGUAGGGUCAUCACAGCCCAGCCACCCAAGUGGACUGGAACCUUCAGAGUUUCAGACAAGUCAGCCUUCUGCAAAAUUAUCAGCAGGGAACACCAGUGGCCCACUGGACUCAAGGAGCCUCAGAUCCAGAUGACAGUGACUAUGUGCAAACAGAUGCUCCGCUCCAUCCUCCUGCUCUACUCGACGUACAAGAAGUGCACCUUUGCCCUGCAGCACUCCAAGUAGAGGGUCUCCAUCUGACCCCUGUGCUCCACACCAUGCUCUCUGGUAUGUACCAAAGCUUACACGGUAACAUCAUGCCAGCUGUUUCGCCUCUCAGUCAAGCUGGGACAAGUUUUCCUCCUUCCUUUCUCUUCAGAAACAGGACCAACCAAUAAUACUGAGCAAGGAAGAACAUUUCCACUGUACAGCUGAACGGCCAUUCAGUCAGCCUAAUACUGACACAUAGAUGUGAUAAUGAUGAAGCUACCAUACAAACAAGCCAGCCUAGUGUGAACACACUCAAAUGCCAAAGACAGCCAUGAACUGGCAAAGAAAAGGGAUGCCAAGAAAAGACAUGUGUGGAUGUCUGGGUACCAGAGGAAGAAGGGGUCAAAAAUCUGUAUGUGGUUUAAGGACUAACUUAAAAACGGCUUUCCCUCCUCAAACAAAUGUCAACAACAAGACAUAACUUUAAUACCAGUAUGGGUAAAAAUAAUAACAAAUAUUAAAUCAUCUUAAUAGCACGGCCAGGAAGAGCUUGAGAGCAGCCUUGAGACUGGGUUUUCUGGCAGAAGACAGGAGAAUCCCGUUUUAGCUCCCGAUGUUCUGUUUCCAAUAAACUAUAAUUAUUUUGUAUGAUUCUUACAACUAGAUUCUAGGCAUAAUUCAGAAUAAUGUGGAAAUAAAUAUUAUAUAUACAUACAAUGCCA